AUGGCGAUGGCCAAAAUGCAAUCUCCAGGCUUCAAAACAGCAAAUCCACAAACCGAUGGGCUUGCCGUUAGCACUCGCCAACCCCUCGUUCUGUGCCCGUGCCCCGUGACCAGGCCGCUGGCCCCGUGGCCGGCCCAGGCCCGGGGCCAUGUUUACUCUCUGGGCUCUACACUGUCUGCCGCACUGAGCUUUGUCAUCGAGCCAGAGCUGGAGGCGGAGCUGGGGGAAGAGAUCCAGAGGCUGUUGGAGCAGAUGCAGGAGGAGAAGCCCGAGAGCAGGCCGCUCCUGCAGGACAUCCUGGCUCUGGCUGAAGCAAGGCUGUCUCAUACCUCCUCUGCAGCCGUGUGCCGGAAACUGUCCUCUGUUGGGCGUCGGGUGCUCUCCAUCGAAUCCGUAUCAACCUUUCAAGAUGGACAGGAAGGCUCAUGGGAGGCAAGAUGGCAGCAUCCAAAACCCAGAUGUCUGCUUACAAGACUGAGCUUGGAUGAUAAUACCAAAGACCUGUGUGUUGACACGUCUGUUAAAGCAAAUGGUCUGUCUUCUAGGCAGCAGGUGUGCGGGGGCUGGGACUCCUCUCUCUGGGCGGAGGAUAUGGACAGCGGGGAAGGAGAUGACAGGAUCUUGGCAGAUGAGUUGGACUGCAGGUCCCACAACAGCUCCCCAGUGCGGAGGAGAGCCCAGCAGAGGCUGAACAGAGUGAGGGGGGCUCUGAACCGCUCCUGCUCUGUCCCAGACUCCAACAACCCCCCUUGUCUUUCCCCUCGUACUCACGGAGAUAUCAGUAUACCCAUAUCUGACCUCACAGAGAUCGGAGCGGAUGAACAUUUGAGCUGCAAGUCGGUGUGGACCAACAGACUUCAACAACUCGACCGAGGCAAGUCCUGCGAGUCGUACCCACACAGUAGCACUGAGUAUUGGGCGAAAGCCGUUGUGGACAACCAAAUGUCACAAGGAAAUGAGGAUGGUGCAGAGACGUUAUGCAUUGGGGAAACAAAGAUUCAACGUUGCCAUGAAUGUGAAUCGAAAGACUGCACCCAGGAUGUAGCAUCUUCCUGUACUUCCUGUCAGGAGCUGGAAAUGGAGCACGGCCCUACUGAGGACCAGAGCUUGUUGAACCACAGCCUCUACAUAACUAAUAACUACAUGACCAAAAGCAUGCUGUGCCUCAAUGAAGAAUCUCAGGAUGAGUGGAUCUCUCUGCGAGAGGUACUGACUCGGUGUGGAUGCAAGCUGACAGUUAAUGAGCUAUGGGCUCUGUGUUACACCUGCCUGUCCUCACUGCAGACCUACAUUGACUUUCCAGCCUAUCUAUGCCUGGACACACUGCAUGUGGGCUGCGAGGGAGAAGUACUUUUCCUGAAACCUAAAAACAUCGCAUCCCGAGAUGAGUUUUUUCUCGCUCCUGAAUAUCAAGAACAUGGAAUUGUGACUGAGAAGGUUUGUGUGUAUGGCGUUGCUGCUAUUCUCUGGGCGACAGCCAAGUUCAGUUUAUCACCUCAUCAAAAACUGGCAAUGCCUCGCAAGCUGAAGAGACUGCUCCUGGAGAUGGCAAAGAGGAUGCCCAUUGAGAGACCUACCAUCAUCAUGGCUAAAAAAAUCUGCCGUGACUACUUAUCUUGUCAAGGGACAAAUGCCGAGACUGUGUGGACCAAUCUCAUCAGCAGAGUUCACCCGCCAGCCGCAAAAUCCAGUGACGCAGACGAUUUGAGUGCAACUGAAAGUUUACAGAGGUCAUUUGAAGAUUCUGUGCUGAACAGUGGCUUUGUGCCCAUGGCCACUGAGAGCCGACUGGCUCCUGUGCCUGGCCCUGUUCCCCACAGCUAUCCAGUCAACAAGGAACUCCAACUCCCAGAAGCCUUCACCUCCAUUGCCACACACUUCACCCCCAUCAUCCUGACCAAUGAAGGGGACUCAGAGGAGGGGAGCCAACACCAUGGAGCUGCCAUUGAAGGAACUGCAGAUGGAUUUACAGACGGCAGUGAACACAUCGAGGAACAGGGCCUCGAUUUCACCUCCCACUCGGAGUACUCCUGCCCGACACAGACUGAACCCACUCUACGUACACAAGAGUUGCCUGUUAACCAAGCAGUCGGAACUACAACAUCCAGCAUCGAGAUGCCGGCCAACCCUCCUUGCACUCUCCCUGAUAUUACAUGUCUUGUCUCUCUUCCUCUGCCACUCUCCACUGACACCAGUAGUUGUGGUGUUUUCAACAAUUACCUCUUCCGUCAGGAUCCCACGACAGGAGAUCUUUCCUUAGUGCCUGUGCAGAUUAGGGCUCCAGAGUCUCUUCUCGGGUUGGAUAUCAAUCUAUCCCUGGUGCCACAGCCUGUACAGGGACUAAUCACAGUCCCGGAGAGCACUGCUGGUCCAUUCCUUAACUGUCCGAAUGGGCCGGUGUGGCGUGGAGCCCAUGAUUAUCACCCACCAGCCUCUAAUUUCAGUGGUAGCUCCGUCAUUUCUGACCGACCUCCGGAGCGCGGUGUGCCCAGAGCUGAGAAGCAGUCUUCUUCAGAGUCCACCCCCCCUAAAGUCCUCCCCGCCCUACAGGAGGUAAUUGACCUGCUCAAAGGAAAGUUUUCACUUGAUGGAUGUUUGGACAAUGGACAUGAGGACAUCGCCAUGGGGGAGUACAUCUUCUCUUUGAAGGACCUCCAGAACCACACGUUUGCCAGUGUUGUGAAGGAGAGGUUCAGUGACCUGUAUUGGGAAGACGACUUGCUGGGUGUAUUGCACUACCUGGUUAACGACAGCCCAUCAACACUCGGAUCUAAUGAGGAUCCUUUAUCAAAGGCUGUGCAAAGGGCAGCCCUUACCCCACCCUUGAUAGCCACCGUCUGGGGGGGGAAGAGAGACGUUUGCCUGCAUGGUUGUCUCGACCUGAAUGGAAACAUUCACACAUCCAGUCCCGCUGCUGCUGUGGAUUGUUGGGAAGAAAGCGAGGCCCGGCCCUGUCACGGACAAAAUGAGGCUGCGCUCGAAGCUCUUGGAUUAAGAACGGAGGAGAUUCAACGCUGCAUCUGUCAAGGUGGGAGCACGGACAGUUGGGACGCGGGGGUCAUGGAGGGAGGAGACCAUUCAGCGGGGGGCAGCGAUGAAAGCCCCUCUGAAGCCGAGUUCCCGUCGUUGAGAGAGGAAGGGCUGCCGGCGGCCCACGAGGAGCAGAUGAGCCCCGACUGCUCCGAGGACAUGGAGGAUAGUGACUCUCUGGUGUCGGAGCGACUCCUUUCGCCCGGAUCCAGAGCAGAGGGGCUGGGCCUCGGCUUCAGCCCGGCCUGGUCCUUGGCCUUCUUCGGAGAAGAUUGUUUCAAUCUGGAGGUGAUCCAGUACGCAGUGAAUCUGGGGCAGCACACAGGAUCACCAUGUCUGGAUGUCAAAACACAGGAACUGCAGCAGCAGCUGAUGAUUGAAACAAGGAAUCUAAAGAAAACGAGAAAGUUUUACCAGAAGCUGUUUCAACAAGAGAUAAAAAACAAAGGUUCUGACAACAAACUGAUGCUGUCCAAACUCAAGUCCCAGUUUGAGGAACUUCGGUCCAAAGUGGUCUUCUUGGAUUGUGUGAAGAAAUACCUUGAGAUUCUGAGGGUGGACCAGUGGGGUUUGGAGGUUUCAUUGCUGCCUUCUUUGGCUGUCUGUGGAGCUGGCUCUCUGGACAUCCAGUCCUCUGAGGACCCGUCUGUUCUGAGCUUUGGCACCAGCAAAGGGAAGAGAACUCUGCAAGCUGGGUCUCCUCUGGGCCUCAUGGCUUACCUCUAUGCCAGAAAUGCAGCUGUGGAGGGCUACAUCCAGCAGUUCCUGUACAGCUAUCGGUUCUUCUGCACUCCUGAGAAGUUACUGCAGUUCAUAACUGACAAAUUCAUCGGUGCUGCAAGACAGGGUCCCGACAUGUCAGGAGACAGUGAAAAGAUCUUCCAUCGCAGUCUGGACCUGCUCCACAUCUGGAUAACAGACUGCAAACGGGUGGACUUCAACCCCCAGAGGAAGUCCAGCCUCGUGGAAACGUUAGAAAACUUCCUUAAUGCUGAGGUGAUUCCUGUAGAUGGCCGAGGGGAGGUCCUUCUCGCUGCUCUCCACAGCCCUCCUUCAACGACUUGGAUUCAAGGAAGAGGAAGCCUAAUCAGCUUUGAGGAAGAUGAAGAUUCUACUGGUGUGCAUUCAUCUAUUGGGGAUCUUGGGAGGAAGUGGAGGUUGUCGAGAGGGGUGGAGCCUAAAGACAAGACCUUCUCCAUCGCCACGGCGCUGCCCAUGCCUUUCUACGGCUCCCUGGUGGCGGGCCUCUCCAGCGUCGGCCUGCACAGUGAGGAGCCGCUCCCCUUCGGCCAGAAGGAAUACAGCGCCCAGCACAUCAGCCAGCAGCUCACCCUGCUGCAGCAGGAAAUGUUCCAAAGAUGUCAUCCAGUUCAUUUCCUCAACUCCAGAACACAAGGAGUCAGGGACAAAGUGUCGACCCCGAACAGGAACGUGGCCCAGCAGAUCCCGCCAGCAGAGGGCAGCGCUCCACCUGUGUGUGAGGACGGAGUCCUCCGGCAGCUGCUCACACACGCCGACAGCGUUUCGAACUGGAUCUCGGCUGAAAUAGUCAUCUGUGACUCCGUUAAGACCCAAGUCGCUUUGCUGACCAAGUAUCUGUGGAUAGGAAAACACUGCUACGAGUCAAGGAACUUUGCCACAGCCAUGCAGGUCCUCGGCGGUCUGGAGAACGUGAUUGUCAGGCAGUUACCAGCUUGGAAACAUCUGUCUUCCAAGGUGUGUGAGAUCCUGGAGGAGCUGCGAGCUGUGCAGGUGUUUCUGAAGAGUGACGACCUGUGUCUGAUGGGGGGGGAACCCAGGAAGAGGAGGCCCACCCUGCCGUCGGCGCACAUCCUGGCCAUGCACGUCCAGAAGCUGGAGAUCGGAGCCUUUGCGCUCACCACCGGAGCUUACAAGUGGCCCAAGCUCAGGAGCAUAGCGAAGGUUGUGAGUCAGGUCUACGCCUUCCAGGAGGCUGUGUACCCCUACAGCCUGGACCCGGAGCUGCAGGCCUACCUUCGGCGCCGCAUCGCCCGGCUGGCCACCUCUGACGUCCACCUAUUGGCCGCCGACAACGAUGCCAACUUCCAGCAGUCCAGCGAGCGACAGACACGCAGGAUCCAGGACACGCUGAAGAGGGUCAGGGCCACUUUCCAAUGAGCCCUGCCCCGGUCACAUCCAACAGCCCGGAGCGAGUCCCCACCACCAGGUCAACACCUGAUGUCCAAGCCCAGACUGAGGCUCCGUGCCCAAGCCACGACCCUCGCAUGUCUCUGUUGUCCUGAAAGCAGAGCCUUGGGGACACAUGUUCACUAUCUGCCAAGGCCCCUUAACCUAAAGUAACUACGUAACUUUUAAAUGUUUCUGAACUAUGUAAUUUUCCAUCUGAUGAUCAUAAAUGACCUGUAACAGCAAACAAGGCACACAGUGAAAUGAACGCUAGUUUUAUAUAUUUUUUAUUAAUGCCUCUGCCCCGAUCCAAUUCAUCCCGCAAAGUCAAAAGAGUAUUUUCAGCAGAUAGACAGUAACACAUUGUGACGGGUCACAGAUUUCGCUGUAACACCAGAAAAGCCUGUGUUAUCCAGCGUAUCCAGCCAGGUCAAAGGAAGCAGGAGAUUUCUUUAUAUAGGCCUAAUUGUAUUUUUAUUUUAUUUUAAUUUAGAAGUUAUCUGCUGAUAGUGGGGCAGUGCCAUCACAGAACAGAAGGAAAUAUAACAGAACAACUAAAAGCUCAAAGGGAAAGUGAAAGACGACGGGCAAAAUCCGAGUCAGUCCCAGUCGGGCCGUCAACAGAGACAAUUACGGGAAUGUAAAUGAUUCAAAAACAUCCUGGAAUUGGCCCGCAGGUAUGUAAUAUGUCUAUUUCAUUCACAAAAAAACUUUAGAAUGCACAAAUAUACAUCCUUGGGUUUCAUGAAAUGCUCUAUAUAAAUCUUAAAUUAUUAUUACGUUGGCUGCUACAACAGAAUGCUUUGGCUCGAGACACAGUGACAGUGAUAACGUUGUUACCCGUUUUGGCUCACGAUACAUCCAUAGUAGUAGUAGUUACCGGUGGCAACAAUUGAAAUGCAACAAUCCAUCUGUAACUUAGUCUCUUAUUGUAAAUUAAUCAUUUUCUGUCAGAGCAAAACAUUCACACGUUGCAGGGUAUGAAACGUUGCCGUAUCUUGCCUGUCUGGGGCAGACAACACAUAUGGAAAACCAUCCCUUUAUGACAUCAUACAGAGCUUAGAACUGUUGAAGAUGGAGCGUUCAGGACAGUGGGAAAUCUGAGGUUUCGUCUCACAUAGAUUUCUAUUAAAUAUGUUAAUCUCAUUAUAUGAAGCUAUGGCCACCUUUAACAUUAACAUCGGACAAUUCAACAUUAUAGUUAUGAAAGAAAAUAACAUAAUAUUUCUCCUUCAAGUCAAUAAUUGAGUUUAGAACCCAGGCAACUUUAUUCAUAACACCCUUAAGAUUACACAGGUAGUUUUCCUCUCUACCUUCCUUGUUUUUUAUGAAUAUUUCCCCUCCACAAAGAGAAGUAUUGGGUGGCGUUAAUAGUUUGCAAUGAUUUUUUUUUCUCAGCUCAUAUGUUGACAUUUCUAAUCCUUAUUUGGGAAUUGACCCAUUUUGGCUGUGUAGGCCUCAUGUGGACUGAUCAUUGCAGCCAUGCAGACUGCAUGUCAUGGCGAGUUGGGCAGCUGCACCAGGGCCAGAGACCCCCAGGGGCCUCCAGAAGCCACAUUACUGUGUAGCAAUGUGGUAAUAUGAUCAAUUGUAACUUUGUUUGUGAAUAUGCGUCACUAAAACAGGAUAUCAGCUGACACAACGCCAAGCCUUUAGGUGGAAUCCUGCUUUUCCAGCCAGGGCUCUAGGACUGCCAAUGUCCAUAUGAUGGGCAGUCCCCCACUUUGGCCCAGACUGAAAUAUCUCUUCAACUAUUACGUGGAUUUCCAUGAAGUUUGGCUCAAAUAUCCUUGGUUCCCAGAGGACGAAUCCUCACGAUUUAUGGAUCCGCCAACUCCUCCUCUGGUGUGACCAUGGGGUUCACAUUUGUAGUUUUCAGUAAAGUGUCUAGACAACGAUUGGUGUGAUUGUCAUUCAAUUUGCUUCAGAUAAUCAUGAAGCCGGUGUUCACUUCACUUAAUAUUUACCACCCUCAUCAGGUAAAAUCUUCAAUUUCUUCAAUACUGAUUUAUUGCAAAAUAUACAGUAACAACAAGUAAUCUACCUGGCCCCCUAGUAGGAGAAUCCACCCAUGACAAAUGUAUGUUUGAUUUUGCUGAAACAUGUUUGGAUUUUUUCGAAACACGACAUAAUAAUGUAAGAUUUAUUAAAUUUACUAAAAGUUGUAUUGAUUAUACAUUUUUGCUUAACCUACGGCACGUAGUUUCUUCUUGUUUACCGAUUAGGAGUUUACCAAAUGAGAUUUAUAUGACUAGAUUGGCCCAUUAAUAUCUCAUAUUAAUCCCAUUCAAACAGCACAAUGUGAAAUAAUUGCAUUCAUUAUUAAUCGUGUAACAGGAACAUAGAGUCUAUCAUGAAAGCCAGGCGAGCUUACUGUCAAGAGAAGACCUUGGCAUUACGGAGAAAAUGAUACAACAUAAUGAGAUGUCAGUGUGUAUAAUGUUAUUUGAGAAAUGAUGUUCAGUCAGUGUCUAUUUUUCUAUAUCCCCACCCUCUCUCUCUCCCUCUCUCUCUCUCUCUCCCUCCCUCUCUCUCUCUCUCUCUCUCUCUCUCUCUCUCUCUCUCUGGUCUUCUGCCGUGAAACACACCGUGGCGAUGGAAUGUGACGUGCUAUGAAGAUUUGCUUAAUUUAGCCAAAUAAAUGAGAUUUUCUAAGCCC